CCUUUACAACCAAAUGACAGUUCCCAAGAGCAUAUGCGACUUCAUGGUGGUCGGAGCGAAGGCGAUUGCGACAGCGAUGACGAAGCUGGGCGGCCUCAACAAAACAGCGUUGAGAAUGACAAUCUGGCUGAUUCAGAACUCCUGAAGGUGCGCUUGGCGCUGGUGGCGACGUCGAGAUGGUCUUCACACGAGGGGCUAUCGAGAAGAUUGCAUCAAGCCGACAGCAGCAACCACCUAGCCUAGAGGGUUCUCCAUCACCGCAUGUAUUCCAGCGCUGCGGAUGUCGCCUAUCUCGCAGAGCCCUCAGCCGGAACAACACCAGCCCAGCCAGGACUUAUUGCGUCGCACUGGUAGUCCUUCCUGUGAGGCUAGGCAGGAACCCACUAGCAACGCUACACAUUAUGUGCCCGUUAAGGGGACCUCUCACGCCUCAUCACCCACGGUCCAGUUUCCAUCAUUACCUGGCUCCCGUAGCCUCUCCACGCUUUCUCCCGCGCCACCGUACGAAACCAACGAUCCACAGCGCAUAUCUCGCUGUGAGCUGGUUAACGGAGCCGACAAUGGUCGCCAAGAGUCGCCGAAGGCCCAGCGGAAGUUAAGACCCAGGAUCGCAGCGCUUGAUAGGGAUCGCCAUCCCUCCAAGUCCAGCAUCGCUUCCGACGACGAGGGAGCGGAUGAAUUCGAGGACACUGACGAUAACGAUGACGACUACACUGCGCGGCCACAGCGAAAACGUCGCAAGAACCCAUCGAGCUCCCAGGUUUCAAAGCAACGGCACAGUCGCUUAAGCGGCAUUGGGAGAUCCUCUCGUCCGUACAGCAUCUCCACGCCGCCAUCUUCGCAAAUUGAUAGCGACAAGGAGGGUACUGCAGGGGCGCCUACCGCGGCGUUCGAGGAGUGGCCACUUCAGGACGCUGUCCUAAAGCGUGUCACGGAGGGCCGCCAGAUGACCUUUCAGUUACAAUUCACCUGGGGCUCUUGCAGAUCUCAAGGGCUCCAUGCCGAUGCAAGACGAAGCCUAGGGGACCAGCCACCCACCAGAACAGAAGUCUCUAUGAAGCGAGGCAUAUUGAGCAUAGCCGGUCCCGAAGCAGGAGACUCUAUGCAAGAUGGCGACGAAGAAUAUAUUGUUGAGCAGAUCCGGGACCACAGAUUCACCGAACCUGGCAAUCAAGGCCUCCAGCUCCAUGUCAAGUGGCGCAACACUCGAAAGUUGACUUGGGAACCAGUGGAGCUGAUGGAAGACACGAAAGCAUACGAUACAUAUUUGAAGCACAAUAACAUCUCUCGUCCUUCCAACGGACGCAAACGUGGUCGACCGAGGAAAUCCGUAGUCGAUAACCCCAGGUUAGGGAUAUCUUUCUGAGCAUGUAUGCGAGAUUGUGAGUCAGCAAAGACGGUUGUCGAACUUGUGGCUGUGGCUUUUAACACAGGCUGGCACAGACAUGCAAAGCAGAUCACUACAGAUGUACGGCGUUUGACAGCGAUUUAUUAAGCCUCAUGUGCAAUAUGGGAACCAUGGGCGAGAACUGACCACCUGGGAGAGAUGUGAAAGUCCCACGUUGAUAACACACGCAUGUGGUCCCAAAGUAAUAAAAUGCGAUGCUGUCAAUAGUACAGUACCUAACAGAUAUUUC